GCGUGUUCGGGACGUGAUGCUAAGAAUCUCUAUCUUUCGUACUGUGUUUCGUCAUAGCUACCUCUAGGUACCUACCUUAGGUACCUUGCCUACUUCAACUUACAUCUUCCUACGCGCUCGUAUGCAUCAGUUUAUCUAAUUACAUCCAGCAUUGGUUCUUUGAUCUUUGUUCUGAAGCGAGUUAGGUGUAAGAUAAUAUGUGUGGACGGUAUUCAUUGGCAUUAAGGCCAGCGCAAAUUCGUGAGCUGUUCCGGCAUGAUGGCAUGCCUGUAGACGACGCGCCAGAUGAUGAAGGCGACGGUGCACCCAGGCAAAGUUACAAUUUCGCCCCCGGCUACCAUGGCGUCGUAUACCGCGCCGAUGUACCGGAUUGGGGUGCUGGCCCUCGAAGACAGCAUGGCGCCAAUGCCUCUGAUGAAGCCGUAAAAGAAGGGCCAGCCGAAGGCGGGGAUGGUGGUGAUACAUUGAAUCCCAAGUCUUUUAGCUACAAGCUGCAAAGUAUGAAAUGGGGUCUGAUUCCUUUCUGGACAAAGCGCAAUCCGGAUUACGGGUCUAUGAUGAAGACUAUCAACUGCAGGGAUGAUUCUCUGGCUCAGCACGGUGGCAUGUGGAGUACAAUGAAAGCGCGGAAGCGAUGCAUCGUCGUUGCGGAAGGUUUUUACGAAUGGCUCAAAAAAGAUGGGAGUAAAGAUAAGAUUCCCCAUUUUGUGAAGAGGAAGGACGGCAAGCUGAUGUGCUUCGCUGGGUUAUGGGACGUGGUACAAUAUGAAAACAGCGAAGAGAAGCUAUACACUUACACAAUCAUCACCACGGAUUCAAAUAAGCAACUCAUAUUCCUCCACGACCGCAUGCCGGUCAUUCUAGAGAACGGAUCUGAAGAGAUUCGUACCUGGCUAGACCCCAAGCGUUGCGAAUGGUCGCAGGAGCUGCAGGCUCUCUUGAAGCCUUUCGACGGAGAGUUGGUGGUCUACCCCGUCAGCAAGGACGUGGGUAAAGUCGGUAACAACUCGCCCAACUUCGUCAUACCCAUCGACAGCAAGGAGAACAAGUCCAACAUCGCAAAUUUCUUCGCCAAGGGCGCUUCCACUGCCGCCGCGAAGAAGAAGAACAAGAAGGAGGAGGAGGAGGACGCAAGCAAAGAAGAGCAGCAGCAGCAGCAGCAGCCUCAGGUUAAAGUGAAGCAGGAAGAAGGGUUCGUCGCCGAAGAUUCUACUCAGAUAAAAGAAGAAGACAAAGAUAAUAAGAAUAAGAAGAAGAAGCUUACGGUCGGCGUAAAAAGAGAAGCGGAGAAUGACUCUUUUGGCGAGGAGCCUCCGAAGAAAGUGGCUGCGACGAAGACUUCUCCUCUGGCGUCGAGCAAGGCGUCUUCGCCGCAGAAGGGGGCCAGACAGAAGAUUAGUGCGACUAGUAAUGGUACUAAGAGCCCGGGUAAGGGGAAACAGCCGGGGACGCAGAAGAUAACGAAGUUCUUUGCGAACAGCUCCUGAUGAGGCGGGCGGCUUGGGGUGGUAUUAGGUAUAGGCUAGGUACACACUCGAGGUUGGCCGGUGGUGAGCUAUGGAUGUAUUAUUUAUUA